AUGGCCGAUCCACUCAGCAUUGCCGCAAGUGUUGUUGGGGUCACAGUCCCAGCGUUGCAUGAGGACGUUACCUCUGUUGAAACAGCACUCAAGUUGCUCCAAAACUUGGAUGAGAGAGUAUGGAUAUCACUUGGUCCAAAUGUAGCCGAGGAGUCAAAGAAUACGAUCAGCAGCUGCACGCAAGCAUGCGAUCUCUUCAGAACCGACUUGCAGCGGUGGACUAGACACUCAGAGGAUGGAAAACUAGUAUGGCAGGAUCGAGCAAACGUGGGAUUGUUCAAACAAGGACAAAUGAAGGCUAUGUCCGAGCAGCUCCAAAACUGCAAGCGCUCCAUCAGCAGCAUCGUCAGCAUAGCGACCUUGUCACUCCGUCCGCAAUGGCCACAUCACGGAGAGAUUAAGAAAACGAUAUCUACAAAUCAGGAUGAGGUCAAGGGUGCUAUUACCACAGCGGAUAAGCAGCUGAUAGUAUUGGAUGACAAGCUGGAGGAGAUGAACGUCAGCAGCGAUGAGGAGGAAGUGGCUGGAAACAAGGAAGACAAAGCUGGUGCAUUGCGGCAACUUGAAGAAGAACGUAAAGCACUAGAUACGACACGAAAACUGCUGGAUGAGCUGCUCUCUAAGACACAGGAAGAAGCUGUUGCGAAAGCCGCAGGGGCCCAGAGCCAUUCACCAAAUAUCUCAUUCGGCAAUCAGAAUUCGGGGUUUGAAGCUGGAAUUAUCAAUGGCGGUGUCAGUGGAAUUAGUUUCGGAGGAAUGUAA